AAGAGCAACAGUUCCUGCACGCUAUUUUCCAUUACAUCGCGUUCACACUCUCACACCAAUCCAUCAAAAAACAUCCACCACACACACCACCCACACCACUCACACACCAUCCCUCUUCUCUGUAUUACCAGAAGAAGAAGUGCCACCCUUGUGAGCCAUCUAGUCGGGUAGGGGAAAAAGAGAGAAAUAAAUCAAAAUAUCUGUAUCUCAGCCUUUCCCACCAGCUAUUGGUCAAAGCAACCAGGUAAGCUCUCACCCUAUGGCUUAUAUUUCAUCCCCCCUCAAGACCUUUCCAAGUCUUGUCCUCCCAAUCCAUCCAUCAGCUUCCCUCGAGCUUUGUCACGGCAGAGAGACGCGUUCGAAAUAGGCAGAACAAAUCCCUGACAUUCAAUCACAAUCCUUUUUUGGUAAAGCCCUUGUUGACGAACAUUGCCGCAGGAAGAAAAAAUCAGACGCUGUGUCAUUCUGCCCUUGUUAUAGCUCUUCUUCCUUACGGGUCCCCUAAAGCCGCAUCGAAUAUUCUUCACAAAGCUUCACUGGUUCACUUUAUUUACCGACUUCCAUCAAUUAAACGUUGCGUCUAAUUCGCCCUUACUUAGUCCAUAGAAUCCUUGUGCGCAAUCACUUUGGAGUCCAUUUCGUCUCCAACGUGCAGAUUAGAGCAUUGAGCAGCAGCAGCCUCCUGAUUCUACUAUCGCCUUAAUACUUCAUUCACAAUAGAUACAAUGGGUAUGUUCCCCCAACACCUUCCCCUCCAUUCCCAAUUAGUCCAUUCACCUUCUUCCUUAUUCACUUCUUUUUGUCUUGCUUUAUUCACGUCAUUGAGUCGACCUACCUUCCUUCAACUCUUCCUUCAACUUUACACAAAACCACCCCACCCCAAUCCUACUUGCUUUUGGUACAUUUUAUUAACAUCUAUUAUUUGAUCUAGCUGACGACUCUUAUCGACCACAAGUAUGUUCAAAUUCUUUCUCCCUCAUCAAUAACUAUUUUAUUGUAAUAUUACAAAAAUCUGGGCGUCAGCAAUUUAAGGCAUCUUUGAAAGCCUAUAAGCCUUCGGCUUAUGGCAUCUCACAUCCACGCGCAAACCAAGUCGUAAAAUCCCGUCGAUCGCAACGCGCCAGUGCGCUUCUGUGGGAGCCUUUCCUAAUUGAUGGUGUAAGAACCUUGAUGGUCUAACCCACAUCUACAAAAAUUCUCGCACAAUAAACUUUUCUUGAUUAUCUCUUCUAUCUGAUGGUUAACGAAGCUUACGUUUCACAGAGAGAGAGAUCUCGUUCACCUCGUCGACAACGCUCUCGCAGUCCAGGACGCACUCAACGCCGUCGUUCAUACUCUCCUCGCAGUCGCUCUCGCAGCCGUGACGAACAUCGCAGAAACGAUCGCAGAUCUCGAUCCCCAAUGUCGGGCGCUGCUGGUGUAGGUGGUUCUGGAGGGUCAGCUUACGGUGGACAACCACAUAGGACAUACGAAGAGAGAGCUGCGGCUAGAGAACAAAUGAUGAGCAGUCUACGAGAAUCUUCGCAACAAGACCGUCGUGUUUAUGUCGGCAAUUUAUCAUACGAUGUUAAGUGGCAUCAUCUUAAAGACUUUAUGAGAUCUGGUCAGUGUUCGAUAAUGGAGGUUGGAGUUGGGGAUAUGGGCUAACCGGGGGUUCGAUUUCUUUAGCUGGAGAGGUCCUCUUUGCUGAUGUGUUAUUGCUUCCAAAUGGAAUGUCGAAGGUGGGCGCCUAUACGUGAUUGGCUUUGAAUCUUUUCUUUUUCUCUUGGAUUUUGAUGGAAUGUUGGAUUGACGGAUUGGGACGUUGUUCCGCGGGUAUUGUAGGGAUGCGGGUAAGUAACAAACUUGGCUUGAAUGAUCUCAAAUGCUAACUCGAACUAGCAUUGUAGAAUAUGCUACGAGGGAGCAAGCUCAACAGGCAGUCAACACUCUUUCCAACCAGAACCUUAUGGGAAGACUCGUUUACGUUCGAGAGGUACGCAGAGUUUCCAUGCCGUCCAAAGCCAACUUGAAGUUGACUAAUUAUGGUAACAGGAUCGUGAGGCCGAACCUCGAUUCACCGGUACUCCAUCAGGAGGCCGCGGCGGCUACGAAGGCGGCGGUCCACCAGGAGGACGUGGUGGUUUCGGAGGUGGUUUCGGAGGUGGCAUGGCCCCUGGUGGUGGAGCUGGAGGUGGAGGACGUCAAAUUUACGUCUCCAACGUUUGUUCCCAUCUAUCUUUCCCUUGGAUACUAAUAGUGUCGAAAAUAUUGACUUGGUGAUCUAGCUUCCCUACACCGUCGGAUGGCAAGAUCUGAAGGAUCUAUUCCGCGGCGCUGGUAUGUUUCCCUCCUGCACUAACACGGACAUGUGAAUGAAGUUGAUCAAUUUUUUAUAGCCCGAAAUGGUGCCGUCGUUCGUGCAGAUGUCCAUGUUGGUCCUGAUGGGCGCCCCAAGGGCUCCGGUAUCGUUGCUUUCGAAUCCCCUGACGACGCUCGUAACGCCAUUCAGCAAUUCAAUGGUUAUGACUGGCAAGGUCGUCCCCUUGAAGUCCGUGAAGAUCGCUUUGCAGGUGCUCAAGGAUUUGGUGGUCCUCGCGGAGGAUUUGGCGGUCGUGGAGGUUUCGGUGGCGGAUUUGGAGGACGUGGAGGCUUCGGCGGUCGUGGUGGCUUUGGCGGUGGAUUUGGAGGAGGUCGUGGCGGCUUUGGAGGAGGUUACGGUGGAGCCGCUGGUGGAUUCGAUGGUGGUGCUGGAGCUCCCGCAGCUGCACCCAAUCCUUUCACCGACCACGCCACUGCUGGCACCGAGAGGAGUGAGAUCAUCUAUGUUCGCAACGUGAGUUUCACUUGAUUCAUCUGCUGUUUUCAAACUAACGCGCAAUGUAGCUUCCAUGGUCCACAAGCAACGAGGAUCUUGUUGAGCUGUUCACCACCAUUGGCAAAGUCGAGCAGGCCGAGAUUCAAUAUGAGCCUAAUGGUCGAUCCCGUGGCACCGGUGUUGUUCGAUUUGACUCCGCGGAGAAUGCCGAUACCGCCAUCGAAAAAUUCUCAGGUUAUCAAUACGGAGGCCGUCCCCUUGGCUUGAGCUUUGUCAAGUACCAAAUCCCCGGUGGUGCUGGUGAUGCUAUGGACACAGAAGUUACUCACCUCACACAAGAUCAAAUUAUGUGAGCCCUGGGUCUGCGCACAUUUCACGAAAUAUUUCGCCCAUGUUACAACACAUUCUUCUUUUUCCUAAGCUCGAUUUCCUUAUGUGUACUCAAAAGAUCUAACCCCCAAAAAGUCAUCAGAGGCUGAGAAUUCUAUGUUGCACGUGAAUGGUUCCAUUCGCCCGUCGUGGAAUUGCUCUACUAUUUCGUGGCGAAUCUGGAGGUGGAUAGUUAUGCAAUUUGCCGUUUCGAUUUUUUUUCUUCAAAAGUCUUCUCCCGCAGAAUGGGCCUAAUAGCUAGUACAAGGUCAUUAGACACUUGAUACUCACAGCAAUAUAAGUCUGUUUUGAGAUCAGCCACUUUCCCUGUAUAAUUGUGAAUGUGAAGGUAAGAAAUUAACGUCAUAAAGUGUAUGCGAAUCCAGCACUGUCAAAAGGGCAGAUUGACACUUUGUUGGUUCUCAUAAACAAUCACAAAUACUCGAGGAUAACACAGUCACAUGAGUCCCUAAUUUCAUAUUUAGAAAAUAGUGGUGAAUCAUCAAUCAGCUUCUG